CGUCAUAAGGUGUCGGGCGUUUGUUUAUUUCAGAAGGCGUUGCCAAACAAUCGCUUAAAUUUUGAGUGACCAAAACUCGAAAACUGGUUUGUGUCCGUCUCAGCUUCCUCUUCACCAUCUUCUGUACUUGUCUUCACGCUCGCAACAUGUCUGUCCUCCGUGCCCUCCGUCAGCUUACUGCAUCCUCGUCUCGGGCGAUUGCUCGUCCUGCGGCUCGCUCCUCCCCUCUGCGGGUUGCGACAGUGCAGCUUGCUCCACGGGCUUCUAUGACUGCUGCAAGAGCUUUCUCGGUGUCUGCGCGUCGUUUUUCGGAGGGUUCGACUGACGUCGUUCUUUCACAAAAACUUGCCGAAGAACUCAAGUAUGAGAAAGAGGCUAUCGCUGACUCGCCAGCAGAGCCUGAGUUCUUGAAGACCUUCAAGGAGCAGGGUAUCUGGGAGAUCCAGGACGUCAUCGGUAACGAUGAGGUGACGCUUGUACGGAAAUUCGGCAAUGAGAGUAUCCGUUUGAUGUUCUCCAUCGCUGACAUUCAAAGUGCUGAAGAGGAGCCGGAAUACGAGCAGGAGGAAGGUGAAGGUGGAGAGGAUCAGCCUCUCCACUCGUACCCUAUCCGUGCCUCAUUCUCCAUCACGAAGGCUAACGCCAAGGGGUCUGUUAACAUUGACACCAUGUGCCAGGAAGGCGCCUUCAUCAUUGAUAAUAUGUCAUACUACCCCGACGCACAGCUUGGUACUGAGCUGACUGCCGAGGCUGACUGGAAACGCCGGGGCUUGUACAUUGGCCCUCAGUUUGAUACCUUGGACGUUUCUGUCCAGGAGGAAAUUGAGAAAUGGGUACAGGAGCGGGGUAUCAAUGAGAACCUUGCCAUGUUCAUUCCUGAAUAUUCAGAGUUUAAAGAGCAGAAGGAGUACGUGAGGUGGUUGGACAACGUGAAGAACUUCGUGGAGGCAUAAGCACGGAGUUCUUACUUUUAUUUCGCUUUCAUGACCUCCCUAAAAGUCAUCCCCAUCAUCUACAUGACCUCGCACGCAUCUUUACACGUACAACCAUACAUUUAUUUGC